AUGAUUCAUAGUAACAGCUAAACUUAGCUACACAGUCAAUUUGGAUUAACAGUACCGAAGACACCACUCAACAGAUAAAAUAGAGCCCAAGAUCAAUCGACUAUUUCAUAAUAUUAGUCUCCCACUCUGAGAUAGGCUAUGUCACCUAAAGUAGCCAGAGAGUAUUUGAAUAGCUUGAAAAGCUUCAUAUGCUAAUAACAAUAAGCAACUCCAAAGACAGAAAGAAUGAACACAAUUCCCACCCAAGAAAUAUUGUACUAACAGCCAUAUUUGUAGUUUCCAGUAGCAAAUAGAUUUAAUGAGGAUAUAAAAUUUAUGACUCCCCAUAAAAUUCAAGUUAGGAAAUUGAAUGAAGAUGGAACAGUUCAUUCCCUGCGAUAUUAUUACUUAAAAUAAGCAAUUUUGGAUAGUUCCAAUAACAUUCCCCAAUCAUAACAAAUAAUGAUUAUAGGAUAAAAACAGAGUGGAAAGAAGAAACUAUUUCAAGAACUAAUCAAACGAUCUAUGUCAAAACUAUUCAAACUAUCUUUACAAACUGAAUCAGGAGAAAAAACUAUCAAUCUUUCAUUGAAUGAUGAUAUAAAAUAAACUAUUAAAAGUAUAUUGGCAGGAGUUAAACAUUAUUAAUUGAUAGCAUAAGGGGAAUAAAAUAUCAUUGCUUGCAGAGGGUUGGAAGGAUUCAAGAGAGAUAAGAAAGAUAAGGGAAUCCUAAUUGUGUGCGUGAAACCAGGGAAGGAGUAGAAAUCAGAGUGCAUCAAAACUUUUAAGUUCUUAGAAGAAAUUUGCAAAAAUUGA